CUUCUCCUUCGUCGUCCGCGGCGAGGGCAGCCGCCGCUUCUCUCCGUCGCCGCCUCCGCCCGCCGCCGCCGUGGACGGGCACCACCAUGGUGUUGGGGGUUCAGCAAGUCGUUGGGUACCUUGCCCUGUGGGCACUUUGCGCCCUGAGCAAACCCACGGAGAAGAAGGACCAUGUCCACCAUGAUCCGCAGCUGAGCGACAAGGUCCAUGAUGACGCCGAGAACUUUGAUUAUGACCACGAUGCCUUCCUGGGGCCUGAUGAGGCCAAGACAUUUGACCAGCUGACUCCAGAAGAGAGCAAAGAGAGAUUGGGAAUGAUUGUGGGCAAAAUAGACACGGAUAAGGAUGGGUUUGUGACCGAGGGGGAGCUGAAGGACUGGAUUAAGAAGGCGCAGAAGAAGUACGUGUUUGACAAUGUAGCGCGCCAAUGGCAGGAGUAUGACAUGAAUCAAGAUGGCUUGAUCUCCUGGGAUGAGUACAGAAACGUGACCUAUGGCACUUACCUGGAUGAUCCUGACCCGGAUGAUGGCUUCAAUUACAAGCAGAUGAUGGUGCGGGACGAGCGGAGGUUCAAAAUGGCUGAUAAGAACGGAGACCUGAUUGCAACCAAGGAGGAAUUCACAGCUUUCUUGCAUCCUGAAGAAUACGACUACAUGAAAGACAUCGUCGUCCAGGAAACCAUGGAGGAUAUCGAUAAGAACGGAGACGGCUUCAUUAAUUUGGAAGAAUACAUUGGUGACAUGUACAGCCACGACGGGGACACGGAGGAACCGGAAUGGGUGAAGACGGAGCGAGAACAGUUUGUGGAGUUCCGGGACAAAAACCACGACGGGAAGAUGGACGAGGAAGAGACCAAAGACUGGAUUCUCCCGUCCGACUACGACCACGCCGAGGCUGAGGCCCGGCACCUGGUUUACGAGUCAGAUCAGGACAAGGAUGGCAAACUUACCAAGGAAGAAAUCGUGGACAAGUACGACUUGUUUGUGGGGAGCCAGGCGACGGACUUUGGUGAAGCCUUAGUACGGCAUGAUGAAUUCUAAGCUGGGGAACCCUCUUCUUUAAGGAAAAAGAUGGGGGGGGGGCUGUUGUUUUUACCGUUCCAGGAGUAACACAAGAAACACUCACCCUCAAGACUCAGUUUCAGCCAACAAUGGGGGGGAAGAAAACCCACCGCCGCUUCUGUCACCCCCCGAUUGGUCCCAUCCUUUUUGCUUUUCUUUCUCCCCAGAGGUGGGAGAACAGUAUUCUGAAAAGUAGCUUUCGGUUGAAACCCAAGGGUUUGCUUUUUUAAAAAAAUAGAUUUGCAUGUUCUUUUAUGUCUAACAAGUUCAGUUUAUUUUUGUACUAUUUUUGUUCCGUGUGAAAUGACAGAUGCAUAACCUGAAGCGCUAGGCCUAUCAGGGGAUCGCCCUCUCCCCACUUUUUAACGGUGUUUUUAGCUACAGAGUUAGAUAGCGGGGGGGCAGAGAACAAGGAAGGCCCAGGGAAACAAAUGUGGGGUGCAGUAGGGACGGGUGGGGAGCUGCAGCAGAAGACCUUUCGUUCUUCAUUUUCCACCUGAUCCAAAGAGCCCCACAGAGAAUUUUGCCAGUUCUUGGUGCCCGUUCAGCUUCUCUGUUCAACACAGGAGGCGUCCCCAUGCCCGAGGGUCCAGGAGGGGUCUUGACUGAGUCUGCCCACGUGGCAUCUCCUUCAGUUCAAAUAUCCCGGGUCCUCCGAAGUGCCCUGCUCCUCGGCCCCCCACCACCACUCUGCAUCAUUUUGAGGAUCUUUUGUGCAGGAACUGCAUUGCUGGUGAUGUUACAAGCUGCCGUUUCCCUGGGACUCUGUAUAAUGUGCAAGCUGGUUAGCUCUGCUUUUUUUUUUUUUUUGCUGCUCAGGAGGUGAGCGGGAGGAGAGGCGGAACUGGGGCCAUCCCUGCGUUGAAAUAGCCAAUGCCUCCCCUAGAACGCAGUCCCUUAAAAUAGGGUAGGGGGUGAUCACUCAGUUGGUCAGAAUGGCAGUGGGGCUAUAAACACACCUGGAUAUCCUGCAUUUUUGAAGUGCCUUUUUCAUGAAAACCAGUGUCCCCAGUGAAGAGGAUCCCAGUGCAAAACGUGCUCCUGAAAUCAACGCAGAGCAGCGCGCUCCUAGAAUUGAUAUGCCUCUCUUCCUUCAGUGCUUUCCCCAGCCGGGUUGCCUCGAUGGAUGCUGAGAGCCCCCAACCCCUUAGUCUGCCAGGGCAGGUCCUUCCCUUGCUUGAGAUGGCAGACCGCCACCUGCACGCUGAUUCCAGGAAGCUGCAUCUUUUCCCCAUGAUAUUUGGCAGAUAAGUACUUUGCAUCACGGCCACGUUUCUUACGCCUCCCUGUUUGGUGCCAGUUUGCAAAGCCUGCGGGACGCGUUGUAUAGGUCUGUGGAAUUGGGUUUAAGCUGGGUGUCAUAUUUGUUGUUGAGAUCUAUCCCAUCCAGAAUGGCUCGCUCCUUUUAGCGCAUGCACAUGAAACACGCUCUUUUUCCCUGCAAGACUCUCAAGGGAGAGCCGUUUCCCGGUUGCACAGGCCAGUGUGAUCUCUGCAGUCUUUUCCCCCUAACAGUAAUCAUGAAUUCCUUAGCAAGGUUUUCUGUGUGGAACCGCACGGAUCGCCAAGGGUGAAAGCUUGGAACAGUAUUACUUCCUGUUGAUUUUGAAUCACAUUGGUGCAGCGGAAAGGGAGAUCCCCUUUGUGAACACUAACAGCCUGGCAUUCCAGCCAAGAGUCGGAACCGUGUGGGGCGUGGCUGGCAGCUGACCAGGACAUGGCUGUUUUUGAUAGGACUUGGCCGAAGCAACCUUUUUGACCUGGUUCCAUUUGGAGAAGGAGGUGAGACACUGAAGGAGUAAGGGAGCAUCCAGCAAGGCAGUGGCAGGGCAGGAGAAGGGCCGAUCAGGUGCAACAGCCUGACCAGGUGUACCUCCCCCCGAAGGUGCCCCCAUUAGAGGGCUUGGCUUGUCGUGGACGUUUUCACCAUCUUGGCGAGUGCGCGUGAAACCCACGGGGCCCUCCAGCAAAUUUGCAGUUUGUGAAAAGGGUUAACCUGUUUCGGAAAAGGAUUUUGCCCAUUACUCCAGAGGGGGUUGACCUCAGCUUUGAAAACCGGGUCCACCGUUCUGCGUUUCAGUGCGCUGUUGGGCAGGCGUGCACAGAAUUAGUCUCAUCUUGCAGCUCACAGGCAGACUAAAAUGUGUCUCGUUUUUAUAAUCUUGGAGGUGCUCCUUCCUUGACGUUCUUCCCAUUAUUCAAAUAGAUAUAAAGCUGAUGGUGAAAGAAAAAAAGAAACUUCCCUUCCCCCCCAUCCCAGUUCUUCAUUGCCCGUCUUCUGAGGCUUUCUUAUAGAGCAUCCGUGGAGUUUUAUAUAAUGUACAACACACAAAUGGUGUCUUAAUAAAACUGUUUACAUCCUU